AUGGGUCAAGACGACGUUCAUCACCCAGCCUGUCCAUUCUGUCCUUUUUCUGAUCUUGAUGACACUUUUGUUGCGCAGCAUAUUGAAUACUGUCAUCCCGAAGCCGUCGGACAGACUGAGCCUACGUCUGGAGAAAACGGGGAUGAAGACCGAUCGACUCCCAUAUACCAACAACCACAAAUGCCAGGUGGUGAAAACGUGUAUAUCAAAUGUUCACAAAGCAAUGGUGAGAUUCUGCCAUCUGCUGAAAUUCCAUAUCAUCUUGAUAUUCACGCUGCAGAAGACUUUGCAGUUGACAAUGCGCCAUCAAUCUAUUCCAAACGCUCUGUGACAGUGAGCAAGGUUCAAAACCCAAUUCUUCCACGCUCUCAUAAUCGAACUGGCGAUGACAAGGUUCCCGAAGAUCCUUGCAACGUUUCAGCCCAACCCCGGGUUCGAAGGGGGAGUCCUGACUCAUCCUCAACAGGAAACGAGGUGACGAGCCCUCUGCUAGCCAAUGUGUCACAUCCUGGUAGUGUCAAAAGACUUGGAGUACUAUACCCGGACUGGAAGUACUUAGGUAUCGCGCUAACUGGGGCACAGCGUGCAGAACUGGGACCGUACGCUCAUGAAAAACGUAUGCCGACAUGGCUUCGAAGACUACUAGAACAAGGCGCAAAGAAAACUCAAUCCAACAUCAUUGGUCCGGAUGGAAAGCUUUCAAGAUUAGAUACAACUGAUAAUGAGGCCAGCAAUGUGAUCCCAGUGCUCUCCCAGCUAUGCGAACAAGAUAAGUCUGUUCAGCGAGCUGUUUUCUGCAGUCCGAAUGUCCGUCAGAUUUCCAAGAUGCCGAGGGAGGGCGGUUUCUGUGGCUACAGGAAUAUCCAGAUGCUCAUUUCGUACAUUCAAGGAUCUCAUAUCUCCGGUCAUGAGCGUUUCACUGAAACGCUGCCGACUAUUCUGCAGUUACAGGAUAUGAUCGAACAUGCAUGGGAUAUGGGAUUCAACAGCGUUGGAAGGGCUGAGACCGGGGGCAUUCGCGGCACCAGGAAGUACAUUGGCACGCCAGAGGUAAUCUGCGAAGCAAGUAGCAUUGGAGAGAGCAGAGAUUCGCAUGCCCACGACGCCUUGUACGCGGCUGUCGCCGCCUAUUUCCGUUGCGCAUGCUCCUUGGAUGGAGAUGAAAAAGUCUUUUUGACCAAUUUGCCUCCCAUAUAUCUGCAACACCAUGGUCACUCUUUGACUAUAGUUGGCUUCGAAAUCCGGGAUGACGGAGGUGCGAAUCUUUUGGUCUUCGAUCCAAUGUUUAAAAUCCCUCGGCCAAUGAGGCGACUUAAUGGACCAAGUACAUUGGUAUCUCUCGAUCCAACCAAGAUCCUAAAAGCAUAUCGGCGCGGUACUGCCUAUUUGCAGAAAUACAAGGUGUUUGAGCUUCUCAAGUGA